AUGGCAACGAAAGCAAAUCGCCUGACCUUUUUGGAUGCUGUGCGGCGCGGCCGAACAGACCAGGUUGAUCAGCUGCUCCGAGCACGGGCUUACCCCGAGGACGUGGAUGAGAAUGUCCUUGAUUGGACCGGAGAGCCCCUUCGCCCCACAGUCCUGAUGCUGGCAGCAGCAAAUGCUCAGCAGGUCUGUGUAGAAAGGCUCCUGCAGUCUGGGGCACAGGUGAAUGGCACGAAUGCAGUCGGCCGAACGGCCUUACACAUUGCUGCUGAGAAGGGGCAUGUGCCGGUGGCAAAGCGCUUGCUGCAUGCCAGCGCUGACUUGGACAGCAACGACUUGAAGGGCAAUACUCCCUUGCACCGCUCAGCCUGCAAUGGCAGACAGGAGAUGACACGAGUGUUGCUUGCAAUGCUCGCAGAAGUGGACAGUAAAGACAAACGAGGCCAGUCGGCUAUGGAUCAGGCCAGGGAUCGGGGCCAGACAAAGAUUGUGGAAAUGUUGGCCGAGGCUUCCGCCGAAAAGGCGGCGGCACAUGUACAGCUUUGCGUGAUGAAUCGCCAGCAACUCCUACUUGUCGCAAAGAGGGUGGACUUGCAAAUGCCACCGGACUCCGACCUGAGGGAAUUGCUGACCCAGCACUUUGUGGGUCGCUUCCGAGGACGACAGACGUCGGAGUUGAUUCAGGAAGCCCAGGCAAUGCGGGUGAAGCAGGACGUGAUGGAUGAGGCCAUGCAAGAGUUCGAGAACCGGCCCAAGCUUGGCUUGAUCAAGUUGCUGGUUUCACAAACAUCAGUUCCUACGGGAUACGUGGCUCCCCCACCGAUGCCGCCGAUCCAGCUGGGCCCGUUGGGUACCAAGAUGGAUGACAAAAAACCAAAGGACUCAGGGAACUCAGUGACAUCGCCACGCCCGCCGCCCCCUCCACCACCACCCGUGUCUACACACAGUCAUCAGUCCCCGCGAUUGGUGAAGGCCUGA